AUGCUUGGACGCCGUGUUUUUGGCAGCACGGCCAUCCCGCGCUUCAUGUACACGCGGCUGCACAUCAGCUCGCCGGCGCAGGCGGCUCGCAUGCUGCCGGUGCUUGUGCCGCUGACGCCGUCGCUGUCGCAGUCCGUCGGCGGUAUGAUGAGCGCUGUCGCACAGGGAUCGCUAGAGUCGAUGCCAACGUUAGAGGUGGGAGAGCAGGACCCUGCCUCGCUCAAGGCCCUUCUGGAGAGCAUUUCCCCACUGCAACUGGGGUUUUCGCGUUUAUUCGAAUUAUGGGGCAUCGCUCGAGGAACCGUGAUGGUUAGCACAAUAUUGAGAGGGCCAGUUGCAACGCUUUAG